AUGGAGUUUAGUUUCGGCAAAGGGUUUGCAAUUGUACUGUUCCGAUCCAGUAGUGACGACAGUGGUGCGAUUGUUUAUCGGGAAUUGGAUCCGGAAUCGGAGCCACUCAGUGGGGCUUCAUCGAACUUCCUACUCUCCGCCUCUGAUCGUCAAUCGUACGGAAGUUUAUCUCGCCUGACUUCGCCUUCUUCGUUGUACAGUAAUACCAAUAACGGCAAUCAUCAUAACGGUGGAGGUAAUACAAACCCUUUCACCGCUUCCACGAAUCACUUCAAUCACAGUAUCCACUCUUCGCUUCGUGCCCCUACUCCAUUCAAUAGCACCAUUCGCACCAGUGACACAUGUCGACUAUCUGAGGAAAGUCCAACUUCAGAAGCUCAGGUUGCCGCAGCUGCUGUAGCUGCAGCUUUUGGGUUAGGUCUAUCUUCUGUUCGGUCGGUUGGAGCUGGCCAGUCGUUUCAACAAUCUGGUCAUGGAAUCAGUUUUGGUAGAUCGGAUGGUCUCCUCUCACCCGGUUUGUCCAUAACCGGAUUACAUGUUGGAAGCAACACCACGGGGAGCCAAACCACUGCACCCAAUCAAUCUAGUGCGCCUUCAACCACAACCCAGUCUGCAAACUUGGACGGUCGUUCCACGGAACAAAAUCUGGAUCCAGCGAGUACAAUCGACCGCCCCUAUCGAUGCGGGACUUGUUCGCGCAGUUUCGCUGUGAAAGCCGGUCUGGUACAGCACAUGCGCACGCACACUGACGAACGUCCCUACCCGUGUCUACAUUGCGGUCGAGCCUUCAAACAAAAAAUUCAACUGACAACGCAUAUGCGUGUGCACAGUGGUGAACGGCCUUAUGGUUGUCGUCUUUGUGGCAAGCUGUUUCGUCAGCAAAGUCACGUGGUCCAACAUCUACGCACACAUACUGGAGAAAAACCGCAUAAAUGUUAUCAGUGCGGUAAAGCUUUCCGACAGAAGUACAGUUUGAUUUCACAUCAACGACGUAUGUGUCGGAAUCGAGCGGCUUCAAAUCCCAUCGCGGCUGGAAUGACUAUGUGGAUUAGUCCCGGUGUUGGAGGAGAUACUUGCAAUCUUGUUAAGGAGUUCUCUCCGGCUAAGUGUCACCUCGUACCUACAGCAAGUAGCAACAGCAGUCCCAGUAGUGCGGCCGCGAUUUCAACCCCCGCGGCUGCUGCCGUCUCUAUACAUUCUCCGUUUUCGCCCUUUCUCUCCUCGCCUUCUGUGUCCACGACUAUUACGACGACGACAGCGAACCAAACAUCGGGCUCACAGAAUGUUUCGCAGUUUCAUAGCCCCCCAUCCCAUCGGCCUCAGUCUAGUCAUCCGGAUGAUGAUCGACAUUUGAAUGCUGUCCAUGGACUUUCACGCAGUUCGGUGACGGCGGCCUACAGACACCGUACAGAUACCAUUGGAUCCGGUUCUGAUUCUCAUUUGGUUCAUCUGUGUUCUGAUCGUGAGUCGGAAGAAGUCGAGGAACCGAUAUGUUCUCCUCGCACCGCCCACAUGAACGCACCAGCAGCUCUGGGACUAAGCUAA